AAAAUUCAACUUUAACAUAUCGUUAACUUAACACUACUGAAAACUUGCAUUAGAAAAACACUAUUGAAAAACUAUUCAUUUCUUCAUCAGCAACUUCACGGAGGAGAGAAAGGCAUGGCUGGCAAUAUAAUAGCUUCAUCAGUGCCCAAGAGCGUCCAAGAAAUGUCCAUGGAUGGUGAUGAACCACCAUCAAGAUAUGUAGUUAAUGGAAAUAGCUUUGGAUCUAAAGAUUCUUCUGUACAGUUUCCAAUACCCAUCAUUGAUGUGCGUCUCCUCUCAUCAGAAGAUGAGCUAGAGAAGCUUAGAUCUGCUCUAAGUUCAGCUGGAUGCUUCCAGGCAAUUGGUCAUGGAAUGUCAAGUUCAUAUCUUGACAAUAUACGAGAAACUGCAAAACAAUUUUUUGCACUCCCAGAAGAGGAAAAGCAGAAGUAUGCUCGAGCUGUUAAUGAAUCUGAAGGGUAUGGAAAUGACAGAGUAGUUUCAGACAAACAGGUCCUUGACUGGUCCUAUCGCCUAACACUUCGAGUUUUUCCAGAAACAAAACGAAGGCUUUCUCUUUGGCCAAAAAUUCCUACUGAUUUUAGUGAGAAAUUAGAGGAGUUUUCUACGAAAGUGAAAUCAAUGAUGGAAUAUCUCUUGAGAUGCAUGGCGAGGUCACUGAAUUUGGAAGAGGGUAGCUUCGUGGACCAGUUUGGGGAACAACCGUUGAUGCUAGCGAGGUUCAACUUCUAUCCACUUUGUUCUAGACCUGAUUUGGUUCUUGGCGUCAAACCUCAUACAGAUAGAUCAGGAAUCACAGUCCUGUUGCAAGACAAAGAAGUGGAAGGUCUUCAAGUUUUGAUAGAUGACAAUUGGAUCAAUGUCCCCACAAUGCCUGAUGCUCUUGUUGUCAACCUUGGCGAUCAAAUGCAGAUCAUGAGUAAUGGAAUAUUCAAGAGCAUAAUGCACAGGGUUGUGACCAAUACAGAAAAGCUGAGGAUGUCUGUAGCAAUGUUUAAUGAGCCAGAGGCCGAGAACGAGAUUGGACCUGUAGAAGGUCUAAUAGAUGAGUCACGGCCAAGGUUAUACAGAAACGUUAAAAAUUAUGGUGAUAUCAACUACAAGUGUUAUCAAGAGGGAAAGAUUGCACUAGAGACUGUCAAAAUUGCAGAUAACUCUAAUCAGAGGUGAGACUGUUUCAUAUUUGAAUUCCCAAAAGACAAGAUUCAUCUAGACCAGCCGGUUGGAAAGUACAUUAAAGUUUUUGUAAUUUAAGUCAAACCAAUGAACUAACAGAAAAAAAAUAUGUAUGGUUCUCUUACUGUGAAACCGUAACUAGUCAUACAUUUCAAUCUCGUAUAAAAUGGUACAUCAACUAGUUUUAGCUUA